UGUAAAAAUAAUCAAAAUUAUAAACGUAUAAAACCAUAUACUUAACACAUAUUUUGUAUAUAUAUAUAUUUUUUUCAAAUAACAAAUAUAUAGUAAAAAGAUUCUUAUGGAUAAUUAAUUAAAUCCAGUCAAGUCGACAUCUGAGGAGGGAGUCGGUUGCCUAGUGACCAGCGGACGUGUAGCGUCAGCUAAGUGGCUAGGAGAUCUGCUAACACAUGGAUUAUGCUCCAGAAAACAGCGUAUAAAUGCCACCAAAAAGAAAGGGGCCUCUACAACUUGUCCAGAAGGAAGUGGAUGAAAUCGGAAAGCGGGUUGACAGUCUGGUGAAGGAUGUGCAGAGACAGGAUGGACCCACUGAAGAGGCAUUUCAGAGAUGUCAAGCACUGCAGACGUCGGCAGAAAAGUCACUAAAGACACUGAAGAAACUAACCAAGGCUGAUGAGUUGGCUCCAGUGGGGAACUAUGAUGAGAGGAAGCAGGAGGAGGAGAGACGACUGCAGAACAUCUUAGAGUGUCUAAACUCACUCUCUUUGGAGCUUUCACCACCAGGACCCAGUACUGCUGCAGGCAAUGUUUCAAAGGAAGAGAGUGAGGAUGAUGAUGAAGAAGAUGACGAUGAAGACAGUAGUGACGAUGCUGAUGAUGAUGAAGAUGAGAAGCGGGCUUUGAAACUGCCCUCUCAGUCAAGCCCUCGCAUCUACACAGUCCUCAGUGAUUUCAAAGGAGAGCAGGAGGGAGAUCUGUCUGUGAAGAGGGGGGAUGUAUUGAGGAUUAUCAGGAUGACUGCAGAUGGAUGGUGGUUGGCUCAGGACAGUAAAGGCAACAGAGGAGUGGUUCCAAAAACCUACCUGAAGAUUGGCUCCGGUGAUGAAGAUGAUGAUGAUGAUGAAAAUGACGACGAUGAUGAUGAAAAUGAGGAGGAGGAGUCAGACGAGGAGGAAGAGCAUGAUGGUGAAGAAGUGACUGAUGGCGGGGAGAAACAGAGGACCUCUAAUUCCAACUGGAGCACUGUCAGAAAGGCCUUGACUGAGAUUGAUGCAACAGAUGUGCUCUCUGCCAUGGGGGCUAUACCUUCAGGAUUCAGACCAUCAACUCUCAGUAAACUGCUGGUGGAGGAAGGUGUAACUUACAGAGGGAGUCACCAUAUUCAGCCUGAGCUCAGCCAAUCACAGCUCUCCUUUAGUGACCUGUUCCUGGACGCAGACACUGGCAGGGUUCGAGCUCGGCAGGUCAGGACUUGUGUUUGUUUCACUUUGUGGAGCUGCAGGAUGAUACCUACUCCUGGCGUCGGAGUUCAGGUCCUCAGCAGGCACAUUCGCCUCUGUGCCUUUGAUGGAACACAGGUGCUGAGUAACAUCCACACAGUGAGGGCAACCUAUAACUCCAAGAGCCCCAAAACCUGGAGCUUCUCUCCAAGGAUGUCGGGUAUCCUCCCCACCCUGCUAGAUGGAGACUGUUUCCUACGCUGCAACUCUGCGUCACCUGACCUCGGGAUCCUGUUUGAACUGGGAGUCACCUUUAUACGAAAUUCUACAGGUGAGAGAGGAGACCUGAGCUGCGGCUGGGCUUUCCUCAAACUGACCGAUGAGGCUGGCAAUCCACUCCCCAACAAGACCUACGAGCUGCUGGUGAAUGGUGGAACUCCCUAUGAGAAGGAUGUUGCUGUCGAGGCGUCAAUCACUAGAGGAUCCCCGGCAGGUGUUUUCCAGCAGAUGCUUCAUGCCAGGCGGCAGCCCAAACUGAUCAUCAAGUUGAAAUCAGCCAACAGCCGUUCCAGAACGCAGCUCAGCCUCCUUCCAGACACUCUGCUGCACUGUCUGAGCUGCGUCCACCUGCUGGCUCUACACAGGCAGCUGCUGGCUGACGCACUGCUGAUGGACAGACCUACCAUGCAGAAUGCAGAUUUGAUAUGUAGUCCUAUACUUUCUACCUUCCCUGUGCUCUUGGACCAACCAGACUUGCUGGAUGCGCUCAGGUGUGCCUGGCUGGAUGCAGAGGUCAACAUGAGCAGAGCGCAGAAGAGAGACUUUUCCUACUUAAAACAGGAGUUCAUUAAAGUCUACAUGUCGUCCGUCUAUUUUCUCCUCCGCACGCCCUCGCUGCCCAGUCAUCGCUGGGCUGACCCGCCCUCAGAAGAGCAGCGAGCCAGAGUCAUCUACGCCGCCCUGGACGCUCUGAAACACACACAGCACACCACGGGCCAACCCGGAGGCCCAGAGGUCUUUGUCGACGCCAUGCAUCAGCAUCUCGCCUUUGAUAUCUCGGAGUUGACCUUUGACCUCCUCUGUGUGUCGCGCUAACAACACAUCACUCAGAGGGAAGGAACAAGGGAUUGAAGGGGAUUAUCUUUUCUGUAAACAUGCCAUAGAUUUAUCUUGGAACAGUUUUUAAAUGUGUAAACGUAAAGGAUAAGCUUGGUGAUAUUUUAGAUUUUUGUUACUGUCAAUAAAUUUCAUUCCAUUUCUCAAUACUUUCCAUCUUCCCAGCCUGUUUCUGGCUUUUAUUCCACACUGAACUAAAUCUUAAAAAAUACCCUGAAGAAAUGCUUGACUUUCUUCUGACACCCGGGAAAUUGGCCGUGGAAUUUGAACAUGAUUCAAACAGGCGUGAACAACACUUGUUAGUGGGACUAACUCAUUGUUGGUUUUGGUCUUGGGAUUUGUUGACAAUAAACAUAAAUGUAGACUUCUCCUGGUAAAAUGUGGGAAACUGUAACACUGACAGACUGCUCUGCAUUGUGACAGGAAAUAAAGAGGUCUCAUUUCUGAGAAAUGCAACGCAACGCUAACACGAUACAAAAUCGGAGCACACAAAGACAGGGUUGUGUGCAUUGUGAUUACAUGAGACAGUGGUUCGGACUAAUGGCAGUUAAUAUCUGUGAAAUAAAAGGCUGAGCAAACAUUUGCCCUGCUCCUCUUAAAGUGAACACUAAAACGGGUUACAGUAAUAAUGGAUGAACACUUUGUACUGAUAACAGAACAUAUUUUUUUAUCUGAAUAGAACCAGUAGUGACAUUGUUAGCAUGUUUUGCUCCUGUUAUUUAUUGCAAAAUGUUCUGUUUUUCUUUGUUAAUAAACAUUCUGUUAUAA